CCCUCUUUCAUUUCAAAAUGGCUCGUGGACCCAAAAAGCACUUGAAGCGCCUCAAUGCUCCCAAGCACUGGAUGCUUGACAAGCUUACCGGCACUUAUGCCCCCAGACCCUCCGCUGGUCCCCAUAAGCUCCGUGAGUGCUUACCUCUCGUCAUCUUGUUGCGCAACCGCCUGAAGUACGCCCUCAAUGGCAAAGAGGUUCUGUCAAUCCUUAUGCAGCGUCUUGUCAAGGUCGAUGGCAAGGUCCGCACCGACACUACCUUCCCUGCUGGUUUCAUGGAUGUCAUCACCAUCGAGAAGACUGGCGAGAACUUCCGUCUUGUCUAUGAUACCAAGGGACGUUUCACUGUCCACCGUAUCACUGCUGAGGAAGCCAAGUACAAGUUGUGCAAGGUCAAGAAGGUCCAACUCGGUGCCAAAGGUAUCCCCUUCGUCGUCACCCAUGAUGGCCGUACCCUCCGCUACCCUGAUCCUUUGAUCAAGGUCAACGACACUAUCAAGCUCGAUCUCGAGACUGGCAAGUUUAACGAGUUUGUCAAGUUCGAGGUCGGUAACGUUGCCAUGGUCACUGGUGGUCGUAACACUGGUCGUGUCGGUGUCAUCACCCACCGUGAGCGUCAUAUUGGAGGCUUCGAUAUUGUCCACAUUAAGGAUGUUUUGGACCGCCAGUUCGCCACCCGUGUUUCCAACGUCUUUGUCAUUGGUCAGGGUAACAAGCCUUGGGUCUCACUCCCCAAGAACAAGGGUGUCAAACUCACCAUUGCCGAGGAGCGUGACCGUCGCCGCGCUGCCACCAACUAAAAUAAAGAAAAAGAAGGAAUGCAUAGCUGUCUACCAUCCAAAUAAAGGCAAUUUGAGGAUCUGCGACAUAAUGUACUUUUUAUACUUGGAUAAAAAGGCAC